CCUCUGCGACAGCCAGACAGCACGACACACCACGUCCGCCCACCUCAACUACUCGGGAAUUUUCAUUCCCAGCCCUUUCGCCAACAACAAGAGGCACGCCGAUUUCCUUACGCUAAAGAAAAAAAUCAUCACUGCCCUUUACACACACAGUUCACGACGGUAAACGCGUGGCGAAACUCGUUUUUCGCGCGACAAUAUGGGUGUCCCAGCCUUGUUCAGAUGGCUUUCGCAGCGAUACCCGAAGAUCGUUUCACCGGUUAUUGAGGAGGAGCCGCAGGAGAUCGAUGGCGUUGUUGUGCCCGUCGACCAUACGAAGCCGAAUCCCAAUGGCGAACAUGACAAUCUUUACCUCGAUAUGAAUGGAAUCGUACAUCCGUGUUCGCACCCCGAGGAUCGUCCGCCGCCCGAGACCGAGGAGGAGAUGAUGAUGGAGGUUUUCAAGUACACCGAGCGUGUUGUAAACAUGGUGCGACCUCGCAAGGUUCUCAUGAUCGCCGUCGAUGGUGUUGCGCCCCGUGCGAAAAUGAACCAGCAGCGGUCCCGUCGUUUCAGAUCCGCCCAGGAAGCCAAAGACAAGGAGGAGGAGACCAAGGAGUUGAUGAAGAUGCUCGAGAGCCAGAAGGGCACAAAAGUUGACGAUAGUCUGAAGAAUCAGAAGGUUUGGGACAGCAAUGCGAUUACUCCAGGAACGCCUUUCAUGGAUAUCCUGGCGGCGUCUCUGCGGUACUGGACUGCGUAUAAGCUGAACACCGAUCCGGCUUGGGCGAAGUUGAAAGUCAUUAUCUCGGACUCGACCGUUCCCGGAGAAGGAGAACACAAGAUCAUGGAGUUCAUUCGAUCUCAGCGCGCCAAUCCCGAACAUGACCCUAACACUCGGCACGUCAUCUACGGUCUGGAUGCAGAUCUCAUCAUGUUGGGGCUUGGGACCCACGAACCCCACUUCAGAGUGUUGCGUGAGGACGUGUUUGCAGGAGAUACGCGGUCAAAGGCAUGCAAGAUCUGUGGACAGAAUGGGCAUGAAGCUGGAGACUGCAAGGGAAAAGCCAAGGAGAAGCAGGGUGAAUUUGACGAGAAAUCCGCACCCGUCAAGAAGAAGCCGUUCAUCUGGCUUCACGUUUCUAUUCUACGUGAGUAUUUGGCGGUAGAACUUGACGUUAGAGAUCAAGGAUUCAAGUUCGAUCUUGAGCGCGCUCUCGAUGACUGGGUCUUUAUGUGCUUCUUCGUUGGAAACGAUUUCUUGCCCCAUCUGCCCAGUUUGGAGAUUCGCGACGGCGGAAUAGAUACACUUAUGACCAUCUGGAAGGACAACUUGCCCGUCAUGGGUGGAUACCUCACCAAAGACGGAUCCGUGGAGCUAGACAAAGUCCAGUUUGUCCUCGAUGGGCUGGCCAAGCAGGAGGAUGCUAUCUUCAGAAGACGGCGACAGGGAGAAGUUAGACGUGAGGCUGGCGCAAAAAAGCGCAAGCUGAAUGAAGAGGCUCAAAGGAACAGAUCUGCAAACAAUCUUGAAGCACCGGCAUAUGAAAAUGCUAUUCUAAAGAGAAAGGGUCCUCCCGACUCGGCGCCGCCACCGAUGAUCCCGCUGAUGAAGCCGGGAGAUCUCUCCGCUGAAACGAAGAAGCUGAACUACGACAUGGUGAUGAAUAGGGAGGGCAUCCGCAAGGCCAAUCUACAGAACAAGAGUGCCGCACAAGCACUCAAGUCACAGCUGCUGUCGGGCGGGUCGGAGGUUGCUGCAGAAUCACCCGUCAACGGUGCCGAAAUGGAGGACGCCCCCGCCGUCGAGGAUACCGAAAGUUCAGUGGUCCCGCACAAGCGCAAGGCGGAUGAAGUGGAGCAAACACCACCACCAACACCUAAAAAAGACGAUGAGAUGCCGCCAGACACUGUUCGUCUCUGGGAGGAUGGCUACAGAGAUCGGUAUUACGAGCAAAAGUUUCACGUUGAUCCGAAAGACAUUGAGUUUAGGAACAAAGUUGCUGCUCAUUAUGUAGAGGGCCUCUGCUGGGUCCUCAAGUACUAUUUCCAGGGCUGCCCCAGUUGGAACUGGUACUACCCGUACCAUUACGCGCCAUUCGCUCAGGAUUUCCAUGACGUGGGCAAACUAGACAUCCAGUUCAAUGGGGGCAAACCCUUCAAGCCGUUCGAGCAAUUGAUGGGUGUCUUACCAGCGGCUAGUAAACAUAACCUUCCUACGCCCUUCCAGAAGUUGAUGACGGAACCGGAUUCUGAGAUCAUUGAUUUCUACCCUGAGACUUUCCCCUUGGAUCUGAACGGAAAGAAAUUUGCAUGGCAAGGUGUUGCACUAUUGCCAUUCAUUGACGAGAAACGGUUGCUGGAUGCUGCGCAGAAGAUCUACCCUCUGCUCACCACGGAAGACGCGGCUCGCAAUGCUAUGGGUCACGACACGCUGCUCAUUUCUGAUGGACAUCCUUUGUAUGAUGAUGUCGUGAAGCGAUUCUACUCCAAGAAACAAGAUGUCACGAAAUACAAGAUCAAUGUCCGAACCUCGGAGGGUUUGGCAGGAAAAGUCGAGAAGGACCCCUCCUUCCUUCCGCGCAGCAGGCUUGUCUUCCCACUCGAAGAAGGCGGCAUGCCGGACCUUGAAGAAGAUCGCACCAUGAGUUUGCGCUACGAGAUCCCAAAGAGCAAGAACAUCCACAAGUCCAUGCUCCUCCGCGGCCUCCAGCUUGAACCACCGACGCUCAAUCGUGGAGACAUUGAACAAACCAAAAUGCGCGCUGAAGGCAGGGGGCGAUCAUACGGCGGCGCGCCUCUCCACAGAGGCCGUGGUGGAGGCCACAACUCCUUCCGUUCGGAUCGCAGCGGACCCACCGGACCUCCGCAACAUUAUCGCCACGGACAGCAGCAGCAGCAGCACCAACAGUCGUACAACGCACCUCCACCUCAGCACAACCAGCAAGCGCCAGGUGCCAUACCGAUCCCAGGAGCAAACCAGUACGGCGGCUGGGGUAACUACGGCGCUCCGCCAGGAGGUGCAUGGGGCGGCUUUCCCCCACCGCUAGGCGGCUUUGCCGGAGGUCUGCCUCCACCGCCCCCCGGUGUUCGCGACGCAGGAUCCUACGUUGGUCCUCCACGCGGCCAGGGUAACGACUACCGAGGCGGCGGUGGCGGCGGUCGCGGAGGUCGCGGAGGAGGAGGCGGUUAUGGCCGUGACAACCGCGAUAAUGGCAGAGGCGGCUAUAAUGGCGGUGGCGGCGGUGGUGGCGGUAGACGUUACUAGAUGUAAACUCUAAUGAUGUGUAUUUCCUUGCUUUCCGUGUCCUUUUUGUCUGUGUGUGUUUGUGUUUUGGACGUCAUUGUAUGGAGUGAGAUGAAGAAAAACUGGUUUCCUUGUUAUGAUUGAUUGCACGAUGGGAUGGGGAUGGAUGGGGAUGGAUGGGGAUGGGGCAGGGGAGUGGGGAUGUUGUACAGUACCUAUUUAAUGGCCGGGAUCUGGCUGCCUUACUCUGCCUUACUCUAGGUAGGCGAAGGGGUCUAUCGAAAGUAGCUUCUUGCCUUGCC